AUGUCAAAUAAUAGAAGAGAUGUAAAUGUUGCCGAACACAGACCCUCCGUGGUUCCGCCAUGGACUCUCAAAUUGCCAGAUGUUGAUAUUCUAUUAACAGAAAAAGUGAACAAAUCUGAUUUGCCGCAAUUCGCAAAUACAGAAACAAAAAUCUAUUUCGAAAAAUAUUCAGGUCAUGUUCAUAUAUAUACAGAUGGAUCCAAAUGUCCGAAUUCAGGCAAGGUAGCUUCUGCUGUUGUAGUACCAUCAAUGAAUUUCGAACAAAUCGACAGGUUAACUAAUAAUACAUCCAUCUAUACAGCAGAACUCCUUGCCAUUAAAAAUGCUAUGUGCUGGAUUUUGGCCAAUAAACCAAGCAAAGUGGCCAUCUUUUCGGAUUCAUUAUCAUCACUGACCUCACUGAAAUCAAAUAAUAGUCAGUCGAGGCCAGAACUGUUGUCAGAAAUAAUUAAUUUAUAUAAUGAGGGCCUGAACGCAGGCCUAGAGGUUACCAUAGUAUGGUGUCCAGCACACAUAGGUAUAUCUGGCAAUGAGAGAGCUGACUUGGCGGCCAAGGCGGGACUGGUGUUUGACAGCGUAACUAAACAUAUUGACCUCUCACCCACUGAAGUAUACUCCAGGAUUCGAACCUAUAUUCUUGCCAAAUGGCAAGCAACGGUUUCUAUAGGCGAACCGAAAAAUAAACACAUUAAGACUUCAGUGGGGCUCAGCCGUCCAAUGGUCUAUUCGCAAGUUAAAAAGGUGGAUAAGACCAUAACACGGCUGAGACUGGGCACAAACCUGUUGCCCGGGAGUGUCGGGCAAUAUAUCAAGAAGAUUGAACCGGUUUGUGCCCAGUGUAGAGUGAAAUAUGAUACUAAACAUCUGUUACUGGACUGUGGUGAAUUUGGCACCAAUAGAGAAGCUUUAAAACAAUCAUUAUCAUUCUGUGACCUCAAUUAUACAAUAAAAAACAUACUAGAUCCACCAAAAAUUAAUAGAGUAGCUGUCUUUAAAGCAUUAGAAAAAUUUAUUCUAGACUGUAGAUUAACUGAUAAAAUCUAA